AGCAGCUGCAGGUCGAUCGGUGGAAGUCAUUCACAGAAAAGGGAUACUGCACAGGAGACCUACGCAAAGCGGAGAUUGCGGUUUAUGCGUUGCUUUUUACGUACGGUAGAGUUUACUCCAGAGGAAGAACAUCAGAAGGUUACAGAAGGAUUGCUACCUGUUUCAACAAUAGUCCUGCAUCCUCAAAGAUGACAUGCUCGUGAUGCCUCUGUAAGUGCAUUCAAGAGGCCCACCUUGGCAGCUAGAGGAGAGGAGAGGUCGGCCUCCGUCACCAUGACAGUGUUGCCACGGGCCGUGGCUUCCCUGGCUGUGCCUGGCCUUAUCCUCUGUUUCAUCACUCUUCCAUUUCCUGCUAUACUAUCCCAGAGGCCCCCUCUCCCCACAGAGCCCUCCCCGACCCCAGCACCCCACACAAGGCCGGAGUGUACCCGCCUAGAGCACCCCGUCAUCUCUAUUCAAGCUCUAAGUCCUUUGAUCUCCAGUUUCUCCCAUCCUGGUGUAAGGGACUACUCUCAGCUGACCCUUGACCUCACCAGGAAUGAACUUAUAGUGGGAGCAAGAAACUACCUCUUCAGACUGAAUCUAAACAACAUUUCGUUAAUUCAGGCAACGGAAUGGGGCCCAGACGAAGACACCAGGAGGUCCUGUCAAAGCAAAGGGAAGACGGAGGUGGAGUGUCAAAACUACAUCCGGGUGUUGCUUGUCAACAAGACAGAGGUGAUCACCUGUGGUACCAAUGCCUUUCAGCCCCUUUGCAUCACCAGAGAGGCAGGGAACAUGAGCAGAGUGUUGGAGAGGGUGAACGGAGUGGCCCGCUGCCCCUAUGACCCCCGUCAUAAUUCGACAGCUGUGGUGACCGAAAGCGGAGAGCUGUAUGCCGCCACGGUCAUCGAUUUCUCCGGCCGGGACCCUGUCAUCUACCGCAGCCUAGGAGGAAUGCCGCCUCUGCGGACCGCCCAGUACAACUCCAAAUGGCUUAAUGAGCCUCACUUCAUCUCGGCUUAUGACGUGGGUCUUUUCACCUUCUUCUUCUUGAGGGAAAACGCAGUGGAACACGACUGCGGUAAGACGGUGUACUCGCGGGUGGCGCGGGUGUGUAAGAACGACAUAGGAGGCCGCUUCUUGCUGGAAGACACGUGGACCACCUUCACAAAGGCCCGACUCAACUGCUCACGGUCGGGAGAAAUCCCGUUCUACUACAAUGAGCUACAGAGCACCUUCUACCUGCCUGAACAGGAUCUCAUCUAUGGCAUCUUCACCACCAACGUGAACAGCAUUGCUGCCUCUGCAGUUUGCGCAUACAACCUCAGCGCAAUCACGCAGGCUUUCAACGGGCCCUUCCGUUCCCAGGAGAACCCACGCUCCACAUGGCUGCCCACCCCGAACCCCAUCCCUAACUUCCAGUGUGGGACCAUAGAGGAAGAAGGGCCUAAUGAAGGACUGACUGAACGCAGUCUGCAGGACGCCCAGCGGCUCUACCUCAUGAAUGACGUGGUCCAGCCUGUUUCUGUGGACCCGCUGGUUUGGCAGGAUGAUGUGCGGUUCUCUAAGUUGGUUGUUGACAUUGUACAGGGGCAGGAUACUUUGCACCACGUUAUGUACAUAGGCACAGAGUAUGGAACUAUUCUUAAGGCCCUGGCAACCACUAAUAAGAGCCUGCAAGGUUGCUACUUGGAGGAGAUGCAACUCUUCCCUCCUGGUCUGCGGGAGCCAAUCCUGAGCCUUCAGAUUCUCCAUGGCGACAGGACUCUUUUUGUGGGCCUGAAUGAUAAAGUGCUGAAGAUCCCUCUGGCGAGGUGCUCCAGCUACAAAACAGAAUUGAUGUGUUUGGAUGCAAGAGACCCUUACUGUGGUUGGGACCGAAAGCAGCGCCGUUGUACCACCAUAGAGGAUAGCUCUAACAUGAGCCAGUGGUUCCAGAACAUCACUGCCUGUCCGCUGAGGAACCAAACCACAGAUGGCGCAUACGGGCCCUGGGCUCCAUGGCAACCCUGUAGCCAUGAUGACGGCGAAGGCACCAGCACGUGUCUUUGCCGAUCACGGGCUUGCGAUAGUCCGCCCCCUCGCUGUGGAGGUAAAAACUGCGAGGGGCCCACCAUUGAGGUGUCCAACUGCUCAAGGAAUGGAGGUUGGACACCCUGGUCAUCCUGGGGCCAGUGCAGCACAAGCUGUGAGAUUGGGUUUGAAGUCCGCCAGCGAUCCUGUAACAAUCCUUCGCCCAGGCAUGGCGGCCGAGUGUGUGUGGGGCAAAGCAGAGAACAGAGAUUCUGCAAUGAGAAGGUGUCGUGCCCUCAGCCCAUCUUCUGGUCAUCAUGGUCGCCCUGGUCCAAGUGCAGCUCAGAGUGUGGAGGAGGGGUGCACUCCCGCUCCAGGAACUGUGAGAAUGGAAAUAGCUGUCCAGGAUGUGCACUGGAGUACCAGGCAUGUAAUCUGGAGUCCUGUCCGGAGGUGCGCCGAAACACCCCAUGGACCCCUUGGGUCCCAGUGAACAUAACCCAGGGAGGAGCACGGCAGGAGCAAAGAGUACGCUACAUCUGCCGGGCCCAACUGGCUGACCCUCAUGAGCUUCAACUGGGCAAGCGUAAAGUGGAGACACGCUUCUGCCCCAAUGACGGGACGGUAACCUGCGAAACAGACUCUCUCGUUGAGGAGCUUCUCAAGACGCCUGGUGUACGACUGACAGGCUCUGGCUGGUCAUCUUGGGAGAUGUGGUCAGCUUGCACUCAGGAGUGUGCCAAAGGCUACCGUACUCGCAAACGCACCUGCACCAGCGCAGAGGGCAAAAGCGUUCCCACCGCCUGCCGGGGAUCUCCAGUAGAAUUUCAGGACUGCAAUCCUCAGCCCUGUCCAGUUAACGGCGCCUGGUCUUGCUGGUCAUCAUGGUCGCAGUGUUCGGUGCCCUGUGGAGGUGGGCACUAUCAACGAACGCGCACAUGCACCAGCCCUGCCCCUGCCAAUGGAGGGGACAUCUGCAUCGGCUUGCACACAGAGGAGGCUCUUUGCAACACGCACACCUGUGAUGGUGGGUGGAUGGCCUGGUCGGUGUGGUCUGAGUGCGAUGACUCGGGCCUGCAGCUGCGCAGUCGAGUGUGCGGGGCUCAAUCCACACCAUGUGUGGGAAACAGCUCCCAGCACCGAGACUGCAAUGAGAUCCCAGCCAUUCUCCCAGCAUCUAGCUAUGAGAAGGACCAGCAGUGUGGGGGGUUCACUCUGCUUCACCUGAUAGCUACAGGUGUGUCGUGCUUCCUGGGUGCUGGUCUGCUGUCGUUCCUGGUGUAUGUGUACUGUCAGCGUUUCCACAAGCCCUCGCAGGAGUCUGCCGUCAUCCAUCCCACCACUCCCAACCACCUCAACUACAAGGGCAACACCACACCAAAGAAUGAGAAAUACACACCCAUGGAGUUCAAGACUCUGAAUAAGAACAAUUUGCUGCCAGAUGAGAGGACCAACUACUUCCCAUCACCACUUCAGCAGACGAACGUGUACACCACCACAUACUACCCCACAGCGCUGGGCAAAUAUGACUACCGACCAGACUCCUCGCCGUCUCCUUGCAGAACCUAUAACCACAGCUGAGACACGUGUCCCAUCCGUCGCUGUAUCGCCAUCUCCUAAAAGCCUCCACUUUCCCCACCCACACACUCUGCACCCGAUGAGGUGCUUAUUCCAACAUUCCAGACGAUUUUUCCCCUAAGAUCUCUCCCCUGAGGACCACGUCACCUAAGUCAUGCCUUACGGUGUCCGACGGGGGAAAAGUCCAGUGAUUCAAACAGCACUUUUUAAAGAUUGUGUAGCUACACUGACUUUGAUAAACUGAUGUCUUGAUUGAUCGCUGCAGAACUCCCGUUACUGGAAAGAGGUUUUGCUGAAGCUCAAGGUGGGAAGACAAAAUUGUGCUGGCAUCCUGUACAACUCCAACAAUAUCCAUUAUGGGAAAUGCAUUCUGCUGCACCGUGGCAGUUCUUUUUGAAACUACAGAAGAAGAAUAGACGGACACCAGACAAAAGAGAGCAAUCAAUGGUGACAUUAUUAGGUUUGGUUAGAAUGGCGGAAUUGUGUUACCUUUGGAUGCAAAUGUAAGGACGUCACACUGACUUCCGACCUUUGAGGGGCAAAUCUCUGACAAAAGAGGAUGGGUUGCAGGAUCAAUGCAUCUCCUGGGUGAACUCUUCAGAUACGAGUUUGGAGCCAAGCUGCAGAAAAAACUACAGCUUAAAAUAGGAUGCUAUUCAGAACGGACUCUUAUCAGAAGCGAAAUAUAGAUUUUCAGCACGUUAAAAGGCCAGAAGAAUGCGUCAUUAUUUCCCUGAAAAGUCGAAACGCCUUUCUUACUUGCGAAUGCAUGGGAAUCAAGGAAUAUUGCACCAACAUGGAAUAUGCUUAGAUCUGAAGCAAACAUGUUCUACUCUCUUACUGUAAGUCCCGGUGGUCAUAUUAAAUAUGACUGGGUUCAAACUGAGACGGACUAUAUUUUAUUAUGAAAAAAAUGUAGGAAAUACUGAUAGCUUGGCACUUGUUUUAUACGGUUAUUUUAAAGAGGGAAUUAUUCAGCAGUUGUAGAAUAGAUGGACAAUAGAGUUUAUUUAAGAUAUGAGUUCAAGUAUUGAUGGAGCUGUACUGAACAUUUCAUAUAUUAUUUUUUAUUAUUGUUUCCAGAUGGUGUAUUCCUAACCAUCAUCACAUUCAUCAGAGAUACGAGCUAAGGCAUACACCGUUAUAUAAGCAUCAUAUAUUCAUGAAAUUGCCUAGAGAGUCAAGUUACACAGAAAUGAUCAAUGGAUCACUAUCUUUGUCACAUCGAACAACAUCUAAAAAAAUGAAUCUUUGUGCAGCACUAUGUGCUCAACUCAGAUUUUAUUUUGCCCAUGUGUUGACAUGCUUCCCAGCGGCAUCACGCCCACAUUCCAGAUGAAACUCAACAGUUAUCGAUAAAAGCGAUUCAGGAAUGGAAACUCUCAUCGAGAUAUAGUAUUUAUGGUAUUGCUUGGUUUCUAAAGGGCAUUGAAAACUAAACUAAGCUAUUUUAUCAUGCUCGUUUAAUGAAUGCUAAGCCAGCCAUGCUUCAGCUAAGCAUGAGUACAUGGGUUGUAAAUAAGUGAUGUCCCACUGCGAAAAAAAAAGUAAUGCCACGCAAAGGUUAGUAUAAUGUAUAUGUAUAUUGUAAAGCUAACACUCUUUUUAAACGCCUUAUAGUUGUAAAAUGACAAGUGCAGCAGCUGUGUAAAUAUACCAACCGUAGGGAUUGUGUGGGGAUGGAGCCUGUCAGUGUUCAGAGAUUGACUGCAAGAGAGAGACCAUCUUGUGGACCGACCCUGAUCGAUAACUUCAACGAUUAUUCAUUAGAGUCCCUACAAAACUAUUAGAGAGCGUUUGCACUUUUAUUCAACUGUUCAUAAUUCAUAUGAAGGUUCACAAAAUUAAAGUCCGUGUAAAGUGAUAUAAAAAUAUGUGUUCUGAGUUUGUCACACAACAGAAAAAUGUGUUAUUAACCACCCAGCCAAAUUUGAAUGAUAAAAAAAACCGCCAAGUAACUAAAAUAAGUUAUCAAAAUCUUUGAAAAUAAGCAGGACUCUCUGCUCUCAAACGCUGGGGGCGUGUCCGCUGGAGGCGCUGAAACCACGCCCACUGGCGGGAAAGCGGCAGUCUCUCAACUGAUGCUACAGCCAUACAUGUUUGAGCGUGCAAGUUCGUUGUUUAACCCAUGUAAUCCCAAAUUUUUCCCUGACAUAUCCAAAUGAUGUGUCAUUAGUAACCCUUUGAAAUAAUCAAUAAUAAUUUUUUUUAGAAAAGUGUGUGAAAAAUUAUGUUUUAUGCUCGGCCACAAUAGUGACCGGUGGGAUAUGGUGAGUAAUGAAAUCACAUAUUUCUGCAGUCAUAAAAAUUGUUAUAUAUCUUAGCUCAGCUAUUUUAAACUGUUUGAUCACAUUCUAGGGUUACUAUUAUGCAUAAAAAAACCUUAUGCAACAUUGAUAGGAACACAGAUAAAAAAAAAUUCAAAAUUGUUACUUUUUUCUAAAAGAUCAAAUGUUUAUAUCAAUGCUACGAGUAUUACAUCAUUAUUGUAAUUUUUUUCUAACAUUUGAAUUUUUAAUUUAGUGCAAUAUUUUGUCAUUGCAACAUUUUAUUGUCAUUUUCACUAGCAACUGCCAUUGGAUUAUAUUGUAAAAUAAAGUUCACCGUUAUCCCACCGGUCACCUUGUGACCAUCAACAUGUUUACUCACUCUAUGACCACACUCAACAAAACUGAAUAUAUGCCACUGCAGAUAUUAAUACUAGACACCCUAAAGAUAAUGUGUACCAAAAAUCUUUGUCAUACCUUUAUGAACAUAUCUUUACUAGCCUUUCAUUUUGGAGCUUUGAUGCAUCUAUCAUCAUCUCAAGGUGCAAACAGGAAAUAAACUGCUCUGGUCAUGUGACAAUUUGCACUAAAUAUGUGAAACUGCACAUAUUUAAUUGAGACCAUUUAUUUUUCCCAUAUUUGCAGGAAGUGCACUAAAACAUCAGUCGGUACGGUUUUUAGAGCUUUAUAAAUGAAAAACUUCUUUACGGUCACUAUCAUGACCGGUGGGAUUAAAUGGGUUAAUUGUAGACACGCGGCAAGCGCGCUCAACGCGCGUCAGCGCUGCAGUGAGGUUGAACAAGCGAGCGCGGCUCAUGGUUGCUUAGCAACGGCAAACACCACGAGAGCGCAAGCUCCGGUGCGCUUUGAAAGAAGAGAAAGCGGCACAGCUCGCGUUUCCAUGCGUUUUUAGAUGCGAAUUGUGAACGCUCCGUGUUUUUAAAUUGUAUGUAUUCUGCCACAUAUUGAUGUCUCUGGGCUAAGACCCAGGUAUCCAUUCACCCUAGAACCGUCCCUGCCUAGAAUCUGUAUAUCUAACAUCACAGACAUUCAAAAAAAGACAAACUAAGAACUUGACCUCUCAACAUAGUUAUUAUAGUGUUAAAAAAUACUGAACACAGAAAAAAACUGUUUAACGGUUUAACUCCACAAUUCAGUACUACAUAGUUCAGAGUCUUUGUAAUGUGUUUCAGCAAUACAUUUCUAACAUUUGUAAUGUGUUUAGAAACAAUUCUCAGAAUUCUCUUUACACGGACUUUAACAUGAACUUCAAUAUCAUAUUCAAAUACAGUCUUUAAUUGUUUUGAUGCUGUUGGAUCCUGUUCAAACUAUUUAAUGGGGAUUUUUUUUAUCUUCAAAAUGCUUUCAUACUGAGCCUUUUCAUUGAAGGAGUCCAAGAAUUUGAGAGCAUUACUGAAAAUGUUCCUAUUUUGCAUUUUUAUUCAUUACAUUUUUAUUGUUAUAUUAAAGAUAUGCUCACAUACAAAGCCCUUUUCACUGAAAAAAAAAAAAAAAAAAUCUAAAGUCCAGAAAAUUUUAUUAAUCUCUUUUUAAAUUGCAGAUUAUAUUAUCAGCAUAUUUUGAGUGAAAAGUUUAAUUGAUUUUUUUUCAUUUUUUGAAAAUGAUCUUUACUUUUUUUUUUUUUAAAUCAGAAAACAUUAUUUCCAAUUUUACCUGAAGUAAAUCCCAGAUUUUAAAUGUUUUUCAAAGGCUUUUGGACUCAACUGUACGCAUGAAAAGAAAUCCAAGAAUAGGCAAAAACUCUAAGCUCAUAUUCAAAGUUAAAGGUCAAACUAAAAUCCCCACAUUCGCUCCUGUGCGCCUGCCCAGAUAAUACAUGUUGGUCAAGUGCAGCUGCUCUGUGUAAGUCGGGUUUUGAAAGGAGUAUCUCUGCUAUUGAACACGCAUAAAGCCGGACGACGCAAUGAGGCGCUCCAUCCCUGCAAGGCUUGGUGCCCUUCUAUGCAACUGACCUGGUGGUUAGAUAUGCGAUGUAGACUGUAAUCACUGCCUUUUAGACACUGUGAAUUUUUGGUACUCUAUAUUUUUGUAUAUUGUACAUUGUAAAAGAUAAUAAACCUUGAUGCCAACCCGG